CUCGCGCUNNCCUGCGGCGGCCGGCGGCGCCGGGGGAGCGCGGCGGGGAUGGGGCGUCGAGCCGGGCGGGGGCCGCGGCCUCGGCCAUGUUCGCGGGGCUGCAGGACCUGGGCGUGGCCAACGGCGAGGACCUGAAGGAGACGCUGACCAACUGCACGGAGCCGCUCAAGGCCAUCGAGCAGUUCCAGACAGAGAAUGGCGUGCUGCUGCCCUCCCUGCAGUCCGCCUUGCCCUUCUUGGACCUGCACGGGACGCCGCGGCUGGAGUUCCACCAGUCGGUGUUCGACGAGCUCCGGGACAAGCUGCUGGAGCGCGUGUCGGCCAUCGCCUCAGAGGGGAAGGCCGAGGAGAGGUACAAGAAACUGGAAGACCUCCUGGAAAAGAGCUUUUCUCUGGUGAAGAUGCCGUCCCUGCAGCCCGUGGUGAUGUGCGUCAUGAAACAUUUGCCCAAGGUUCCAGAGAAGAAGCUGAAGCUGGUGAUGGCAGACAAGGAGCUGUACCGGGCCUGCGCCGUAGAGGUGAAGCGGCAGAUCUGGCAGGACAACCAGGCCCUGUUCGGGGACGAAGUUUCCCCGCUGCUGAAGCAAUACAUCCUGGAGAAGGAGAGCGCGCUUUUCAGCACAGAGCUGUCCGUCCUGCACAACUUCUUCAGUCCUUCCCCGAAGACGAGGCGCCAGGGCGAGGUGGUGCAGAAGCUGACACAGAUGGUGGGCAAGAACGUGAAGCUCUACGACAUGGUGCUGCAGUUCCUGCGGACCCUCUUCCUGCGGACCCGCAACGUGCACUACUGUACCCUGCGGGCCGAGCUGCUCAUGUCCCUGCACGACCUGGACGUCGGGGACAUCUGCUCUGUGGACCCCUGCCACAAGUUUACCUGGUGCCUGGACGCCUGCAUUCGAGAGCGGUUUGUGGACAGCAAGAGGGCCCGGGAGCUGCAGGGGUUUCUGGACGGAGUGAAGAAGGGGCAGGAGCAAGUCCUGGGGGAUCUGUCCAUGAUCCUGUGUGACCCCUUUGCCAUCAACACGCUGUCACUGAGCACCGUCAGGCACCUGCAGGAGCUGGUCGGCCAGGAGACGCUGCCCAGGGACAGCCCUGAUCUCCUGCUGCUGCUCAGGCUGCUGGCCUUGGGCCAGGGGGCGUGGGACAUGAUUGACAGCCAGGUCUUCAAGGAGCCCAAGAUGGAGGUGGAGCUCAUCACCAGGUUCCUGCCCACGCUCAUGUCCUUCGUGGUGGACGACCAUACCUUCAACGUGGAUCAGAAGCUCCCAGCCGAGGAGAAAGCCCCAGUCACGUACCCAAACACGCUUCCAGAGAGUUUCACCAAGUUCCUGCAGGAGCAGCGCAUGGCCUGUGAGGUGGGGCUAUACUACGUACUGCACAUCACCAAGCAGAGGAACACGAAAGCGCUCCUGCGCCUGCUGCCGGGGCUCGUGGAGACCUUUGGCGACCUGGCGUUUGGUGACAUCUUCCUGCACCUGCUCAUGGGGAACCUGGCGUUGCUGGCCGACGAGUUCGCCCUGGAGGACUUCUGCAGGAGCCUCUUUGACGGCUUCCUCCUCACAGCCUCGCCCAGGAAGGAGAGCGUGCAGCGACACGCGCUGCGGCUCCUCGUCCACCUGCACCACCGGGUGGCGCCGUCCCAGCUGGAGGCCCUGCGCAAGGCCCUGGAGCCCACGGGCCAGAGUGGAGAAGCCGUGAAGGAGCUUUACUCUCAGCUCGGGGAGAAACUGGAGCAGCUGGAACACCGAAAGCCCAGCCCGGCCCGGGCCGCAGAGACUCCGGCCCUGGAGCUGCCCCUCCCCGCUGUGUCCGCUCCGGCUGGGCUCUGAGGCUUCACUGGAGGCCUCUCGGGACCGGGCGGGGUCCCUGGUGGGUCUGUGGCCUUGGCUGGCCAGAAGGAGCUCCCUGGACUUGGGAGUGCCAGGGUCCCCGUCUCUCCUGAAGGCAGAUUGGCUGCUCGUGAGGCUGGGCUGGGUGGCGCUGAGCACCCCCCACCCUCAGAUGUCCUACACGUGAGGCACCCUUUUGCUGUGCCUCAGCCCCACCCUGGCCUGGAUCCUGGGACCUGGGUUCUUGCUCCUCGUAGGCCCCUGUCUGUUUCUUUGGAGGACAGCUCUGGGUCUAUUGUGCCCAACUGGCCUCUUGAACUCACUCCCAGGCUGUGGAAAGCUUCCGGCUCAUUCCUGCCUUGUGUUGUGGGUUUCCACUUCUGUAGGGGACACAAAUUGGCGGUAGUUGGGAUUAGGAAAAAGCUACCUUCUUUCCAUGGGGAGAAAGCAGGGGGACUCAGGCCUGAGGGGAAAGGGUGGGCCCAGCCCUGUUGGCCCAGAUUGGCAAAAUCAUGUGGUUCGUUGGGUCUGAUCACCUGCAGACCGAACCUGGCUGCUUCUGAGCAGCUCCUGAGUGUCUCACAGUGGACGGUUUGGCUGACCCGUGGCCCGACAGGCAAGGAAUUGUUUCCCCCUGGCCAGCAGCAGCCAGUGUAGCAAACAUGGGUGAGGAAUGGCUGCCUCAGUUUACCCUUGGAGUGGUGCGCUCCUUGCUCAGGUGCACCGUCUUGGUCAAGUGAGAGCUGUUGCACACAGUGAGACUUUCACUUUUGUAAAUAAAAGGUGUUUGGGUAAAUCCA